AUGGUUUUGAACAUGAUCAAGAUAACAGUGGUCCUCUUUCUAACUGGAUUUGGCAUAGUGGGAAAUAUUUCUGUUUUUGUGAAUUGUAUGUUCAUUUUCUUAGUGAGUUCUGAGAAGAAAUCAGUUCAUCUUAUUCUCAUCCACUUGGCUUUUACAAACAUCCUAAUGCUUUUUUGCAGAGGAAUGCAAAAGACAAUAGCAGCUUUUGGUUUAAGAAAUGUUCUAGAUGAUGUAGGCUGUAAAACUGUUGUUUACCUGCAGAGGGUGGCCCGUGGCCUGUCCAUCUGCACCACCAGUCUCCUCACAGUGGUCCAGGCCAUCACCAUCAGUCCCAGAGCCUCCAGGUGGAGGAGGCUGCAGCCCAGGUCUGCCUGGCACAUCCUUCCCUUGUUGCUCUUCUUUUGGAUACUCAAUGCUGUGAAAAGCAUGAACUUACCAUUUUACAUCAAAUACAACACAAUGAACACAUCAGAAACUAGGAAAAGUGAGAACUACUGUUAUUUUCUGCCUGAAAUCUGGAUAAUCAGAUGGAUUUUCCUGUUUCUCAUGGUCCUUCGAGAUGCUGGGUUCCAGGGUGUCAUGGGCUGGGCUAGUGGUUACAUGGUCUUCCUCCUCCACAAGCACCACCAGCAUGUUCGCUACCUUCAGACUUGCAAACUCCACUACAGAACUCCCCCUGAGAAGAAGGCUGCUCAAAGUGUUCUCCUUCUGAUGCUCUGUUUUCUAUUCUUCUACAGGACAGAUUGCUUUCUUUCUUUUAUUCAACUGUCCCCUUAG